AUGAGAAAACCGCUUGAUCAACUUCAACAGUUUGUCCGUAAUCGCAUCGCAGAAAUUCGUAAAUUCACCGCAGAAUGUCAGUGGAACUAUAUACGAUCCCAAUCGAACCCAGCAGAUAUAGUUUCACGAGGACAACUACCCGAAGCAUUGAGCCAGAACUACCUUUGGUGGAACGGACCGAAAUUCCUCGAAGGUCCGGAUUAUCCCGUCGACGAAAUAGCGCAUGUUCCAGAUCAGCUCCUGCCCGAGAUAACAGUUGUGGUAGCAACAUCAACGCUAAGUAUAGAACCUUUAUCCUUCCUACACAAACACAAUAAUUUUCGCAAACUUCAACGAAUUAUGUCGCAUAUUAUUCGAUUUGUUGAUAACUGCCGACAGAAAAAUCCGCUAGAUCGCAGAAAAUCAAAUCAUCACACUGUCAUCGAGCUACGACGAGCAACCGAUGCGAUAUUUAAGAUUCUGCAGCACAUACAUCUCAGUGAUGAGAUUCAACGAGUUCUAUCCAAUCAACCGUGUAAACGAAUAGGAAAUUUUAGACCAGUAUACAAUGAUGGCUUGCUUCGAGUUGGAGGCAGAUUGGAUCAUUCAACAUUGCCUUUUGCUUCCAAACAUCAGAUUAUUUUACCCGAUAAGGAUCCGAUAACUAAAGCUUUCAUAAGAACGAUUCACGAAGAAUUACUCCAUGUCGGCCAAACAGGACUUAUCAAUGCCAUUCAGCAGCGAUAUUGGCUACUUAACGCUCGAUCUACAGUUCGAAAGGUAACCCGCAGUUGUAUUCGUUGCUUCCGAACAAAUCCGACCGAUACUACACAGCUUAUGGGGAGCCUGCCAAGAUCUCGUGUAGUUCCGUCCCCACCAUUUGCAGUAACUGGUGUCGACUAUGCCGGUCCAUUUUGGAUAAAGGAAGGAGCACGACGUCCGAGAUUAAUUAAAGCAUACGUUGCAGUAUAUGUGUGUAUGUCAACUAAAGCUGUGCACAUGGAAGCAGUUUCCAAUCUCACGAACGACGCUUUUAUCGCCUCUCUCAAACGACUAAUUGGACGACGAGGGUUAGUGCAACAGAUACACUCCGAUAACGCAUCUAACUUUCGAGGUGCCCACCACGAACUCAAUCAAAUUUACCGACAAUUCCGAAACCAGCAGGAUUUAAAUCGAAUUCAACAAUUCUGUCAACAACGUGAAAUCGAAUGGCAUUUCAUACCACCAGAUGCUCCAGAGUUUGGUGGACUUUGGGAAGCCGCUGUUAAAUCUGCAAAAACGCAUUUGAAAAGAAUUGCCGGAACCGCAAAGUUGACUUUUGAAGAGUUGGCCACUGUUUUAAUUGAGAUUGAAGCAGUUUUAAACUCCAGACCUUUAUUCACCGUUUCCAGAGAUCCAGCAGAUCCUCAGGUAAUCACACCAGCACAUUUUUUAAUCGGUCGCCCUCUUAUCGCUUUAGCAGAACCAUCCUUGGAAAAUGUAAAGGCUACCCGAUUAGAUAGAUGGCAACAUUUGCAGCUGAUGCGCGAGCAUUUCUGGCGCGCAUGGACCCGAGAUUAUCUCAACACUCUUCAACCACGAAAGAAGAAUCUACGAACGAUGCCAAAUCUUCGUCCAGGAAUGAUCGUCCUACUCCAUGACAAAAAUCUGCCGCCACUCAAUUGGAAACUGGGUCGAAUUACAUGCGUCUAUCCCGGCGAUGAUGGACUGGUUCGAACAGUUGAUGUCUUCGCAAACGGAUCAACGUACAGGCGACCAAUCACCAAGGUUUCAGUGUUGCCAACCGAGGACAAUUCUAAUGGAUCCAGCUUGUGUCAUUGA